AUGCUGUCACGGGCGGCUAGACCAGCUCUCCGAGCUGUGGCCACAGCUCCCACUCGAGCUGCCACCGCUGGCAAUGCCGGCGCCGCCGGGUACGCGACCCUCCGCGAGAUCGAAGGCCGCCUCAAGUCGAUUCGCAACAUCGAGAAGAUCACCAACACGAUGAAGAUUGUUGCUUCGACCAAGCUCACUCGCGCACAGCGCAGCAUGAUCGAGUCCCGAAAGUACGGCCAAACCUCCAACGAGGUCUUCGAGUCGGCCGAGACCGUCGCCGCCGAGGGUGAGGAGAAGAAGUCGCUCAUCAUCGUCUGCUCCUCCGACAAGGGCCUUUGCGGUGGUAUCCACUCCGGUUUGAGCCGAAAGAUCCGUUCCCUGGCCGGUGACGAGUCCGCCUUUGACCUUGCUAUCGUUGGCGAGAAGUGCAAGUCGCAGCUCCAGCGAACCAACGCCAACGCCAUCCAGCUCACCUUUGCUGGCAUUGGCAAGGACGUCCCUACCUUUGCCGACGCCCAGGCCAUCGCCGACCAGAUCGUCAUGCUCCCCACGGAAUACACCGACGUCAAGAUCCUGUACAACAAGUUCGUCAAUGCCCAGAGCUACGAACCGACCUUCAUUGAGGCAUUUUCCGAGGAGGCCAUCGCGCAGUCCCCCAACAUCUCCUCUUUCGAGCUCGAUGACGAGGUUCUGGAAAACCUCCGCGAGUACAGCCUUGCCAACUCCCUCUACUGGGCUCUGGCUGAGGGCCACGCCUGCGAGCAGUCUGCCCGACGAAAUGCCAUGGACAACGCUUCGAAGAACGCCGGCGAGAUGAUUGGCAAGUACCAGAUUCUCUACAACCGUACUCGACAGGCUGUCAUUACUGGCGAGCUGGUCGAGAUUAUCACUGGUGCUACCGCCUCUGAGGACAUGUAA